UGAUUCUAAUCUAUCCUCAAUCUGUAUCAACAUCGUGUUUUUGUUGUGACAAUCCUGAUCUUCUGGCUGAAAAAGGAAAAUCCCGUAAGCCUUUUUUUUUUUUUUUUGUGAUUUUGCUUACAAAUUGUCUGCUUUCUUUUGUAUUUUAUUGAUAGAAGAGAAUGGCUACCAACUCGGGGACUCACUCAGUCCCAUUGAAAGACCGAGUCGCAAUUGUAACUGGUUCGUCCCGAGGAAUCGGGCGAGACAUAGCGAUACACCUUGCCCAACUCGGAGCCAAACUCGUCAUAAAUUACACCUCCAACUCUUCUCAAGCAGAUCUCGUCGCCGCCGAGAUUAACUCCUCCGCUUCACCUGAUUCUCCCCCUCGAGCCAUCGUCGUCAAAGCCGAUGUUUCGGACCCGGCUCAGGUUAAGUCUCUCUUUGACUCGGCUGAAAAGGCCUUUGACUCACCGGUUCAUGUUCUGGUUAAUUCAGCUGGAGUGCUUGAUCCCAAGUUACCCACUAUAGCUAACACUUGUUUGGAGGAAUUUGAUCGUAUUUUCAGUGUCAACGCAAGGGGUGCAUUCUUAUGCUGUAAAGAGGCAGCAAAUAGGCUAAAGACCGGUGGUGGAGGCCGAAUUAUACUUCUAUCAUCGUCACUGGUUGGUGCGUUGAAGCCAGGGUAUGGCGCAUACACAGCAUCCAAGGCGGCAGUGGAGACUAUGGUGAAGAUACUAGCGAAGGAGCUCAAAGGGACUAGAAUAACAGCAAAUUGUGUGGCCCCAGGGCCAAUUGCUACUGAACUGUUCUUUGCUGGGAAGACUGAAGAGAUAAUAAAGAAGGUAAUUGAUGAGAGCCCACUUUGUCGGCUUGGUGAGACCAAGGAUGUUGCUCCUGUUGUUGGCUUCCUGGCUACUGAUGCUGGUGAGUGGGUCAAUGGGCAAGUUAUUCGCGUUAAUGGUGGAUAUGUCUAGUAGCAUAUACUUAUUAUAUCUCUCAUCUCCUUUACUUAAAGAUGGAGAAAAUCUUAUCAGAAGUUUCAAAUGAAAGAAUUUGUUUUAUCUAUAUCUGUAGAAGAUAACAAAUAAGCCUUCAAUAUGAGAUUGUGAUUGAUAUUAUGGUGUUUGCCGAAGAACCUGAGCAUUCAACUCAAGACAAGGAGAUAAAGUUGUGGGCACAAUGGCUGUUCAGUCAGAGAUUUAGUCAUGUAAUAGUGGAAUAAUGAACUUAAGAACUUUAGCAGUGAGAGUCAAUGUGAAUUUAUCAUAAUUUGGUUGUGUUUUACAGGCCUUUGUGAGAAAUAUUAUGUCAAGUCAAGUUUGACUAGCGAAAAGAUAUGUCUUUUUGAUUUUUUCUGCUACAUUUAGUUCAUCUGGUGAAGGUGGCCCUAGCGGCUACAGGAACCUUUUUCAAGAGAAGAUAUCAAUUUGUUUUGUGCA